AAAAACAACCAUCACCUUGCCCUCCACUUACUUGGCUGUUACUCUGCCAGCUGCACAGUCCCUAGGCAUGACCUGGGUCCCCAGCCACUGCAGAAGUCCCAUUGAAGCUGUAUGCAACUUUGUGUGUGACUGCGGAGACUGCUCAGAUGAAGCCCUGUGUGGUUUCCAUGGUACCUCAGCUGCCCCAAGCAUCCCUUUCACCUGCAGCUUUGAACAGGACUCCUGUGGCUGGCAGGACAUCAGCACCUCGGGCUAUAGCUGGCUUCGAGACCGAGCAGGAGCGGUGCUGGAUAGUCCUGGGCCUCGUUCUGACCAUACACAUGGCACUGACUUGGGCUGGUACAUGGCUGUGGGAACCCACCAUGGGAAGGAGGCAUCCACUGCGACUCUGCGCUCCCCUGUCAUGCGUGAGGCAGCCCCUUCCUGUGAACUGAGGCUCUGGUACCACACAGCCUCUAGAGAUGUUGCUGAGCUACGGCUGGAGCUGACCCAUGGUGUAGAGACAGUGACCCUGUGGCAGAGCUCAGGACCCUGGGGUCCUGGCUGGCAGGAGCUGGCAGUGAACACUGGCCGUGUCCAGGGUGAUUUCAAAGUGACAUUUUCUGCCACCCGAAAUGCCACACACAGGAGUGCUGUGGCCUUGGAUGAUGUGGAGUUCCGGGACUGUGGGCUGCCCAUCCCUCAGGCCAGCUGUCCCCUGGGGCACCAUCACUGCCAGAACAAGGCUUGUGUGGAACCCCACCAGCUGUGUGACGGUGAAGACAACUGUGGGGACAGAUCUGAUGAAGACCCGCUCAUCUGCAGCCACAAUAUGGCCACUGACUUUGAGACAGGCCUGGGACCAUGGAACCAGUUAGAGGGCUGGACCCGGAACUACAGUGCUGGCAGCAUGAUGACCCCUGCCUGGCCCCACCGAGAUCACAGCCGGAAUAGUGCAUAUGGCUUCUUCCUGGUCUCUAUGGCCAAGCCUGGCACCACUGCUGUCCUCUUCAGCCCUGAGUUCCAAGCCUCUGUCUCCUACAACUGUUCGCUCACCUUCUAUUAUUACUUGCAUGGGUCUGAGGCCAGCCGCUUCCAGCUGUUCCUGCUGGCACAGGGGCUCACUACCCCCCAGGAUCCUGUCCUGCUGCGGAGCCACCAUGGAGAGCUGGGGACAGCCUGGGUCAGAGACCGGGUUGACAUUCAGAGUGUCCACCCAUUUCGGAUCCUUCUAGCUGGGGAGACUGGUCCAGGAGGCAUCGUGGGCCUAGACGACCUCAUCAUGUCCAACUACUGCAGACUUGUUUCAGAUGUGUCCAUUCUGCAAUCCUCACGAUCUGGACCUGAGGCAUUAGCCCUCCGUUCCCAGACAUCCAUCAAGCGGGAAGCCUGCAAGCCAGGACAUCUCUCCUGUGGAGAACUGUGUGUGCCUCCAGAGCAGCUGUGUGAUUUCCAGCAGCAAUGUGCAGAGGGCGAGGACGAACAUAAGUGUGGUACCACAGACUUUGAGUCUGCCUCUGCUGGGGGCUGGGAAGACAUCAGUGUAGGAAAGCUGCAGUGGCAACGGGUUGAAGCCCAAAACAGGAAACCUGCGAAGGAUGCUAACCCGGAUAUUCCUGGGCACUUCCUAUCUCUGCAGAAGGCCUGGGGGCAGCUAAGAUCUGAGGCCCGGGCUCUCACACCUUCCCUGGGCCCUUCUGGCCCUCGCUGUGAACUCCACAUGGCUUACUGUUUUCACAGUCAUCCCCAAGGCUUCUUGGCACUGGUUGUGGUGGAGAAUGGCUUCCGGGAGCUGGUGUGGCAGGCCCCAAGCAGCAGCAUCGGGGACUGGACAGUGGAGAAGGUUCUUCUUGGGGCACGACACCGGCCAUUCCAGCUGGAGUUUGUCGGUCUAGUGGACCUGGACGGCCCUGGUCAGCAGAGGGCUGGGGUGGAUAAUGUGACUAUGAGAGACUGCAAUCCCACAGUGACCACUGAGAGUGACCAAGAGGUCUCCUGUAAUUUUGAACGGGACUCAUGCAGCUGGCACACAGACCACCUCACAGAUGCCCACUGGCACCGUGUGAAAAGCCAUGGCUCUAAAUAUGACCAUACCACUGGCCAAGGCUUUUUCAUGUUCCUGGAUCCCACGGACCCUCUUGCUCGAGGACAAGGUGCUAUGUUGCUCACAAGACCCCAGGUGCCGCUUGUCCCCAAGGAAUGUCUCAGCUUCUGGUACCACCUAUAUGGGCCCCAGAUUGGAACACUGCGCCUGGCCAUAAGGAAGGAUGGGGAGGAAGACACACUACUGUGGUCCAGGUCCGGUACCCAUGGCAACCGCUGGCACCAGGCUUGGGUCACUCUUCAUCACCAGCUAGAGGCCAACACCAAGUACCAGCUGCUGUUUGAAGGCCUCCGGAAUGGGUACCAUGGCACAAUGGGCCUGGAUGACUUGGCUGUGAGGCCUGGCCCCUGCUGGGCCCCCAAGAGCUGUUCCUUUGAAGACUCUGACUGCGGCUUCUCUGCUGGGGGCUUGGGACUGUGGAAGCGCCAGGGUAAUGCCUCAGGCCAUGCUCUUUGGGGUCCUUGGACAGACCAUACCACAGAAACAGCCCAAGGGCACUACAUGGUGGUAGACACCAGCCCAAGUGUACUGCCCAAGGGUCAUGUGGCCUCUCUGACCUCAGAGGAACAUCAGCCACUGACCCAGCCAGCCUGCCUGACCUUCUGGUACCAUUUAAGCCUCCAUAACCCAGGCACCUUGAGGGUCCAUGUGGAAGAGAGCACAAGGCGCCAAGAGCUCAGCAUCAGUGCCCGUGGUGGAUUUACCUGGCGUCUGGGCAGUGUGAAUGUACAGGCUGAGCAGGCCUGGAGGCUCGUGUUUGAGGCUGUGGCCGCCGGUGUGGAGCAUUCCUACAUGGCUCUAGAUGACCUUCUCCUCCGAGAUGGGCCCUGUGCUCAGCCAGGGUCCUGUGACUUUGAAUCUGGCCUGUGUGGCUGGAGCCACCUGGCUCGGCCCAGCCUAGGUGGGUACAGCUGGGACUGGAGCAGUGCAGCCACCCCAUCCCGCUACCCCAUGCCCACAGUGGACCACACCCUGGGCACAGAAGCAGGCCACUUUGCUUUCUUUGAAACCAGUAUGCUAGGUCCUGGGGGCCGAGCAGCCUGGCUGCGCAGUGAGCCACUACCAGCAACUACAGCCUCAUGCCUCCGCUUCUGGUACUACGCGGGCUUUCCUGAGCAUUUCUACAAGGGCGAGUUAAGAGUGCUCCUGAGCUGUACCCAAGGCCAACUGGCUGUGUGGGAGCAGGGCAGUCACUUGCGGCACCAGUGGGUACAAGUCCAGAUCGAACUGUCCAACUCUGAGGAGUUCCAGAUUGUUUUUGAAGCCACUCUGGGUGGCCAGCCAGCUCUGGGGCCCAUCGCCCUCGAUGACGUGGAAUACUUGGCAGGGCAGCGCUGCCGGCUGCCUGCAUCUGGCCAGGGUGAAAUGGCAGCACCUGUGUCUGUGCCAGCUGCUGUCGGAGGGGCCCUCCUCCUCUCCGUGUUCCUGGUGCUCCUGAGCCUUGGGGGUUGGCACUGGCUACGGAAGCAGCACUGUCCCUUCCAAAGGAGCACAGAUACAGCAACCUCUAGUUUUAACAACAUCCUCUUCAGUGCGGAUCAAGUCACCCUCCCGGAAUCCAUCACCAGCAGCUCAUAAAACCAGACAAGGCCUGGCUCCUAUACCAGCUCCCACAGGAUUCAGGAUUCAGCAUUCAGCCC